GGUCAGCUCCAUCUUCUGUGGCCACCUGGGGAAAGCAGAACUGGAUGCUGUGACACUGGCUGUGUCCGUUAUCAACGUGACAGGCAUCUCCGUCGGUUCUGGUUUAGCCUCAGCAUGUGACACGCUGAUGUCCCAGACAUACGGUGGCAAGAACCUGAAUCAGGUGGGCAUCAUCCUGCAGCGGGGAAUCCUCAUCCUGCUGCUCUGCUGCUUCCCUUGCUGGGCGCUCUUCAUCAACACAGAGCGGAUCCUCCUGCUCAUCCGACAGGACCCCGAGGUCUCCAGGUUAACUCAGGUCUACGUGAUGAUCUUUAUUCCAGCGCUCCCUGCGGCAUUUCUGUACCAGCUGCAGACAAGAUAUUUACUAAGUCAGGCGAUCAUUUUGCCUCAGGUGUUGACGGGGAUUGCAGCCAACAUCCUCAAUGUGGUCAUGAACGCCUUCUUCCUAUAUGUGCUGAAGCUGGGCUUGGUGGGCUCUGCCUGGGCUAACACUGUUUCUCAGUACACCCAGGCCAUUCUCCUCUUCCUUUACGUGUGGUGGAAGAAGAUCCACGUGGAGACCUGGGGAGGUUGGACCAGGGACUGCCUCCUGGACUGGGGCUCCUUUAUCCGGCUGGCCGUGCCUGGCAUGCUCAUGAUGUGUAUUGAAUGGUGGACCUUUGAAAUUGGGAGCUUCUUGGCAGGGCUGCUCAGUGUGGUGGAGCUGGGUGCGCAGUCUGUCAUCUACGAGCUCUCCUCUGCAGCGUACAUGGUGCCUCUGGGCUUCAGCGUGGCUGCAAGUGUCCGAGUGGGCAAUGCCUUGGGAUCGGGGGAUGUAGUGCAAGCCAAGACCUCCUGCAUUACUGCCCUGCUGUGCACAGGAGUUUUUGCUGUGGUGGUUGCAACAUUGCUGGGAACCCUAAAGGAUGUGGUGGGAUACAUCUUCACCAAUGACAAGGAGAUCGUUAUCUUGGUGUCCAAAGUGGUGAUCAUCUUUGCUCCGUUCCACUUGUUUGAUGCAGCAGCAGCGACCUGUGGCGGUGUGCUGCGGGGCACAGGGAAGCAGAAGAUGGGUGCUAUCGCCAACGCCAUCAGCUAUUACGCCAUCGGCCUGCCCGUCGGCAUCUCACUGAUGUUUGCAGCUAAGAUGGGGGUGUUAGGUCUGUGGGUGGGGAUGAUUGUUUGCAUCUCUCUGCAAGCUCUUUCCUUCUCCGCCUUUGUCAUGCGCAUGGAUUGGAAGAAAGCUGCAGGAGAGGCUCAAGUCCGAGCUGGAAUGAGAAAACAACUGGAAGAUGUGAACUCCAGUGGCGCGGCUGCUAACAAAACAUCUGCUGUGGACUACAUCUCCGUUGACAUGAACACCAUGGACACUGUGGUCCUGCCUGAGAGCAUCACGGGAGGCGAGAGGCAACCUGACCACCAGCCCAUCACACAAGAGGAACCCACUGUCAUCCCUGCUCCUCCCGCUGUGGUGUGGAGGGCCCUGAUCAUCCGCCGUGUGCUGGCUGCUGCUGCUGCCAUUGCUGUCCUGCUGGUGGGCAUACUGGUCCGUCUCCUGACCGGCAGUGGCUAGAACCAGUGACACUGGGGAGCUGUGCACAGAGACUGAGGGCACGUGAGUUCUUAAAGGGGUUGAGGAUGUGGCAUCUGGGAAGAAAGUGUUUGAAAGCCAGUCCCUCUCCUGCACUGCACUGGGACGCCACUCGUGAUGGGUGGGAGCACGUCCUGGGGCUGGCCCAGGAAGGAGACAAGGACCUUGUGCUGCUGUCCUGCUUCCUACUCCCUGGGGGCAUUUCUCUGUGCCAUCUGCUAAUGGCGGAGGUUCUUGCUGCCCACAGCACCAGUUUCCUCACACCAAUCUGUGCCAGCGUCUUGGCACGGCAGAGCCCCCUCGCUACCUCUGCAGCAGCACAAAGGCUGAUUUUUUGUUGGGAGAUGGCUGGCUCCCCUGCCUGCUGCCGGGGCGUUGGGUGCUGGCUGCUGGCCCUGCUCUCCCUGCUGUGUGGCAGGCACAGGGCCUAAAGCAACUCUUCUUUGCACUUUUGUAAGGUGGGAUUUUGAUACAAUAAAGUUUUCUGAGUAAA